AUGAGCAGUACAAUAAGAUCACUGAAAGGACCCGUCACAAAAAGAAACGACGCAGCGAUAAAGUGGCUGCAGGACUCCAUCCGAGCGCUCGCAAAUAUACAAGCCAAGGAAAGCGCAAAGAGGAUAAAAACCUGGGAGAGAGACCAUAGAACAGGAGGAGGACCACCUGGACAAAUACAAAGAAAAGACCUAGGCAACAAUAAUGAAGCUACACGAGCACAGGACACGGCUGGAAGAAGCCCAGGAGGACAAUAUCGGGACUGA